GAGUUGAUCACUCUUGUAUUCAAGAUGCAGGUUAUCGUGUUACCUUUGGUGUUUUUGGCAACUUUCGCUACCUCCGGCAGCCUCGCAGCCCCUGAUGCCUCGCCCGAAAUCGUCCCCGUAGACGGCGGCCUCAGCGGCUAUGGCACAACCACCCGCUACUGGGACUGCUGCAAGCCUUCCUGCGCCUGGAAGGAGAACAUCAACACGCCUACGAUGACGCCCGUCCAGACCUGCGCCAUAGACGGCAACACUGUAGUCAACGCGUCGGUGCAGUCGGGAUGCAUUGGCGGGUCUUCCUACAUGUGCAGCAACCAGCAGGCGUUCGUGGUUAAUUCUACUCUGGCUUUCGGUUUCGCUGCUGGUUCUUUCACAGGUGGCGUCGACAACAACUUAUGCUGCUCUUGCAUGCUGCUGACCUUCCAAGGCCAGCUGGCCGGCAAGCAGUUCCUUGUGCAGAUCACCAACACCGGCGGCGACUUGGGCUCAAACCAGUUCGAUCUGGCCAUUCCCGGUGGCGGAGUAGGCAUCUUCACCCAGGGCUGUCACGACCAAUGGAACGCCCCGUGGAGCGGCUGGGGCGACCAGUACGGAGGCGUGUACUCGGUGGAGCAGUGCAGCGACCUGCCCGAGGUGCUGCAGCCCGGUUGCCGGUUCAGGUUCGAGUUCCUCGAGAACGUGUCCAAUCCGCAGGUGUCCUUCCAACAGGUGCAGUGUCCCGCCGAGAUCGUGGCGAUCUCCAAUUGCGCAUUGUGA